AUGUCCACUAAAGGUUUCACUGUACUUGAUAAUUCACCUGUUAAAACUCGAUCAAAAAGAAAUAGUGCCAACUCUACCCCGUCUUCGUCAGAUCAAACUAAACCUGUUUAUCAUACUACGGUAAAUUUCGAUACCCCAAGAACAUGGAUUUCCGGCAAAGAUAAUGAUUUUUGCGAAAACCCACCACCAUUUUUAGGUGAUGAUAAUAUGUCAUAUGAAUGUGAAACGCCGUUUGAGUUUUUCAUGAAAAUAUUUCCAGAAAAAUUAUUUAUGAAAAUCGCAAUGGAGUCUAAUAUUUAUGCUGCGAAUAACAACCGCUCUAAUUUUAAAUUAACGGUUAAUGAACUUAAAACAUAUUUAGGAUUAAACAUUGCUAUGACUUACUUACGUUAUCCGCAACUCAGAAUGUAUUGGUCGUCUGUUGAAGGUAUAAAAAUACCUUUUAUAGCUGAUAAUAUGACCAACAAUCGUUUUGAAGAAAUAAAACGUAAUUUACAUUUUGCUUCUGACGAGGAACGUGUAAAAGGAGAUGGAUACUGGAGAGUUCGCCCAGUUCUUGACAUUUUACAUCAAACAUUUUAUGAGGCAAAUGAUAAUUCAGAACACCAAGCAAUUGACGAAAUGAUGAUACCAUUUAAAGGUCGAAAUUCUUUGAAACAAUAUCUCAGAAAUAAACCAAAGAAGUGGGGGUUCAAAGUAUGGGCUAGAGCAGGAGUUUCUGGUUACAUCUAUUGUUUUGAAAUGUACCAAGGAAGUGAUAAGUCUAAACGAAGUAAAUUUGGUCCAAUUGGUGAUUCAGUUCUAAGACUUUGCCAUGACAUACAUAAUUUAAAUAUAAAAUUAUUUAUGGAUAAUCUUUUUACAUCGCUACCACUCUUAACCGAACUAAGAAACAAUGGUAUAUUUGUUUUGGGAACUUUAAGAUUAAAUCGUGUCAAAAAUAUUCAAUCAUAUUUAGUAGCGGGAAAAUUAUUACCACGUGGUGCAUCUUCAGUCACUACAUCGAAUGAUAAUAUUUCAGUUGUACGUUGGGUCGACAAUAAAGAAGUACAUACAAUUUCGACGUAUGCUGGAGCUCUUCCUGAAGAUGAAACUAAACGUUUUGAUCGUAAAACAAAACAAUUUAUACAAGUGUCUCGACCAUUUUCAGUUCAGCAAUAUAAUAUGUUCAUGGGCGGAGUAGAUAUGAUGGACCCAGAAGUCGCUACAUCUUUAAUUGCAUUUAAUAAGACUACAUCAAAGAAACGAGGAAGGCCAGGAGCUACAGAUGAAUAUAUACCACUAAAAAAACGGGUUGUUACCAAGACCUCAAACGUAAUAAGAUAUGAUGGAUCUAACCACUACCCAAAAAAAGUUUCAACUAACCAUCCACCAAGAUGUCAUGAUGCUGACUGCAAAAGACGUACCCGUUAUAUUUGUUGUAAAUGCCAAGAGCCUGUGUGUCCAGAAUUUAUUCAAAAAAAUGAAUUUACUAAAGUCUUUAAAGGAACAGUCGGAAGUCCGUAA